CUUUGGGUAGGUCUCCUCUCCUCCAUUUACUUGCAUUCUUUCAUUAUCUCCUUUAAAUAUUACUUGUAUUUUAUUUGCCUUUGAAGUCACAUUUCCCUCUUAUUCUUUAUUUGUUGGUGUGUAUUUCAUUUAACCCCACUUAAUUGUUCAUACAAAUUCAAAUCCAAAAAGAAAAUGGAUUAUUUUUGUUUACAGAGAGAUUUUAAUUUUGGAAACUAAGUAUAUGACUCCAAUGCAAAUGUAGCAGAUUUUUCACAAUCAUUAUCUCUGCUAAACUCUGUCCUUUUCCUUCAUCAAACCCAUCAACAUUAAUACUUCUACAACUUUCUGUGUUCUUCAAUUUAGGAGUUAUUCGCUUCGAAUUCUCUCUUUUAAUUUGCACCCACCCACCUUCUUUACAUCAAACAUUAUUAUUAUUAUUAUUAUUAUUAUUAUUAUUAUUAUUGUUAUUAUUUAUUAUUCUAGAAAGAGAUUUCCAACUUAUUUUCAUAUUGAAUGAGAAUGUGAUAUACUCAACAUCUCACAAAACAAGGAUAGAAGAAAAUGGGUAUUUUUUGUGGGAGGAAAAAGAGAUUUUCUUUUAAUUUUCCCGUUUAUAUGUUUGUAAUAUUAUUAUUAAUUCUAUUUUUGGGAAAUUUAAAAUUUGUUUUGGGAUUAAAUUACACAAGAUAUAGACAAGUUAGCAAGUUAAGACUUGAAAGGAUUGAGAAGCAUAUUGACAACAUUAAUAAGCCUUCUGUCUUUACCAUCCAGAGCCCUGAUGGAGAUAUAAUAGAUUGUGUUCAUAGAAAGAAACAAGCAGCUUUUGAUCAUCCGCUAUUGAAGAAUCACAAGAUUCAGAAAGAGCAACCAGAGAGGCCAAAACUAAAAAUGGUUAAAAUAGAUGAAGCAAAAGUAGGAAAUAUUGAGAAAAAGGGUAAAGAAAUAGAAUGGCAAAUGUGGCAUUUAAAUGGAACAAGGUGUCCAAAGGGUACUAUUCCAGUGCGGCGAAGUACAGUGCAUGAUGUGCUGAGGGCUAAAUCUUUGUAUGAUUUUGGAAAGAAACGCCCCAAAUCACUUCCUUUAGCGAGAACUAUUGAUGCUCCUGAUGUUGUCACUGGCAAUGGCCAUGAGCAUGCAAUAGCAUAUACAUCGACAUCGGGUGAAAUAUAUGGAGCGAAGGCAACAAUAAACGUGUGGGAUCCUUCCAUUGAGAAAAUCAAUGAGUUUAGCCUUUCUCAGAUUUGGGUUCUCUCGGGCGAUUUUGACGGCACUGAUCUUAAUAGUAUCGAAGCUGGUUGGCAGGUCAGUCCGGAGCUCUAUGGUGAUAGCAGGCCAAGACUUUUUACUUACUGGACGAGCGAUUCUUAUCAAGCAACUGGAUGUUAUAAUCUUCUAUGUGCUGGUUUUGUGCAAAUGAAUAGCAGAAUUGCCAUUGGAGCUGCAAUAUCUCCUGUAUCUUCAUUUUCUAGCAACCAAUACGAUAUCACCAUUCUCAUUUGGAAGGAUCCAAAACUUGGAAAUUGGUGGAUGAGCUUUGGGGAUGGAACCCUAGUAGGAUAUUGGCCAGCAGAACUAUUCACCCACCUUACAAAUCAUGCAACCAUGGUAGAAUGGGGUGGUGAGGUAGUUAAUACUCGGGCCAAUGGGCUGCACACUUCAACCCAAAUGGGCUCCGGUUAUUUUGCUGAAGAUGGGUUUGGUAAAGCCAGUUACUUCAGAAAUUUGGAGAUUGUGGACUCAGAUAACAGCCUUAGUUCAGCCCAAGACAUUCAAACCCUCGCUGAGAAUGUUAAUUGUUAUGACAUCAAAAGCUCUUAUGAUAAUGAUUGGGGUCAACAUUUCUACUAUGGCGGCCCGGGGAGAAACCCAAAAUGCCAAUAACUUUCAUCUCUUUCUCGAUCCUAAUCUUUUUCCUUAAAAUUUUUUCUACUUUUAAUUCUUUUAUUUUGCUUUUUUAAGGUAUAUAUUUUCCAAGAAUAUUUUGGGUUUUUAGUUGCCUAUAUAUAGUGUAAUUUUUUCUUUGGUUAAUUAAACAGAUGGCAAUGAAAUGCAAUUCUGAAAUAAAGAAAAUGAAAGACCAGACAUCACCAUCCUCAUAUCUAAUAUAUUCCGCUUAUAAAAAGUUAUGGUCAAAGACUAGACAAUAGGCUAUAUUUAAUUGAAU